AUGACCUCCCUUCACACAUACUUCGCCCUCCGCAACCAGCAGGCUUUCCAGCGCCUGCUCGAGGGCUCAUCCCGACCUACUGCGGGUCAAGCUGGAACAAGCAGCAGCGGCGGUCGCUCAUGGAACCGCCCGAGUCCGCUUGCGGCAGCGGCGCACGCCAAUGUAGAUGUGAACGCCCGCGACGCGUUGGGUCGCACAGUACUGCAUCUCGCCUGCGCCGCGACCGAUGCAGCAGCGCUUCAAUACGUUCGACUUCUACUCGCAGCGCCGACGAUCAACGUCAACUUGCUGGACGCUGAGAGUCAUUGGUCUGCGCUUCAUCGUGCGCUCUACAACGGCAAUCUAGGUGCCGCGAUCUUGUUGCUGCAGCGCGCAGACACCGACGUUGGGAUCACGGACUCGGAAGGACACACGGCCUUUGAUCUCUACAACAGCACAGUCCCGCUUGCCACGCCGGCAGAGCGCCUUGGAACGGAUCGUGUCGAACUGCUCACUUGGGGAGCGAACAGGAAUGCGGCGCUCGGCCAUCCAGAUGGGGACGAUCGUGCGUUCCCUGAAGUCGUACCUCUUCGGCGUAGCGAUCAAGCUGGAGGACGUGACUCUUUCAAGAAGAGUGUGGCGUUCAGGCUCAAGCCAGCGUCCGCCGUAAACGUUAGGAUGUCAAGGUUGCAUACAGUAACAGUGACGGACGAACCGCAGAACAAUGUUCGCGUAUGUGGAUUUGCAAGCACUGGCCGGCUCGGCCCUGGCGGUGGCCAGCAUACACAGUACCAGCUGGCGCCCAUGCAGAACUUCGAGCAUACUAUCGUCUCAGUCGCGCUCGGUCAAGAUCACACCCUAGCCCUGACGUCCUCGGGCACGGUACUAAGCUGGGGACUCAACCGCUUCGCUCAGCUUGGUUAUGUCGUCGAGGCCGGAGCGAAGGGAGACGAUCAAGUGCAGGCAACGCCCAAGCCGAUUCUCGGACCCCUGAAGAAGGAACGGGUUGUCGGCGUCGCCGCUUGCAAGACUGCGAGCGCAUGUUGGACCGAUGCCGUACUCUAUACCUGGGGCAAGAACGGCGGGCAACUCGGCUACGAUAAGGCGGCUCAGCCGAUGCAAGUCGUUCCAAGGAUCGUCUCGAAGGUCACGAAGCCAGUUGUUAAUGUGGCGAUGACAGACUCGGCGAUGGCUUGUUUGCUGAACACAUCAGACGUCGUGCUGCUCUUCAACGACGGCCAUAUGCGUGUGAACUUCCCCGUCGAGACGAUGACUACGUCCGACUUCCUUGCUUACAAACCGCCGCACGCGGUCUACAGCACCAAGAUUGAGAAGAUCUUGUGCAGCGACAAUCUGUUCGCGGCCAUCUCCACCAGUGGGGACAUGUUCACUUUCCUACCUCCAUCGGCGGCCGAUACCCAGAAGGAUGCGCGGACACCUGUACGACCUCAGCGUGUUGCCGCGCUGAAGAAGCAAUGGGGCCCUGUCCGUGAUGCAGCCCUAGGUGCGGAUGGGACUAUCAUCGUCUGCACUGCCGCGGGAUACAUCUACGUUCGCGCGCGGGGUAGCAAGGACACUACAGGGCGUUCUGGGGGCAGCAAGGCCUUCCGCUUCGUACGGGUUCCGCACAUUCAUCGUGCCGUGGCUGUUCGUGCCAAUGAGACUGGAGCGUAUGCAGCCUUACGCGUGACGGACAAGCCCGAGCAGGUCGAUAUCGUCGGUAACACGCUCGCACAGGACUUCGCUGAGCUCGCGCCCUACCUUCACUUCGAGCGGGUACAGGAGGUAGACGUGCGAGUUGAACCUGGACAACCGCGUCCGCUGCCGCCGUACGCCGCACUCGCUCCGAUUUCACGCACGGACGACGAAGAGGGCGAGGACGACAUGGCCACCUCGAUCAGCGAGGACAUCGUUGCGUUAGCUCGCCUAUGGGAUGUUCUCACCCAAGACAAGCUUUCUCGCAAGCGCUAUGAUGGCGCAGGUCUAUUCGAACGACCCGGAGCUCGGGCGCUCGCUCACGGCGCAGAUGUCAUGAUCCGCAUGCAGAGCGGCGCGGAGAUUCCGGUACAUGCAUUUGUUCUGGCGUCUCGCAGUUCGGCUCUCAAGAGCGUUCUGGUUGGGUCGAAGAUUGCAAUUGACGGCAUCAACAUCAAGUACGCGCCUCCAGCACGUUCGGAGUCUGCGUCUUGUAAUCCGGAGAACCUCUCUCGCCUCGUCAUCGGCGGGGUCCAUCCUUUGGCAGUGAUGAUUGUCCUUCAUUACCUGUACUCCGACAUGUUGCUCGCUCUCAACGACCCUCGCAUCUCACGCGUUCUGACCCCAAUCCUUGCCUCAGCGAAAGUACAAACAGCUUCAAUAGUCAAGGACACCGAGCGCCUCUUCAACGCCCUCGCCCUGCCCUUGGUUGCUGAAGCCACACGCUGGAUCGCGAAACGCUCGAUUGCGCCUGUCCUGCAGAAGGAGAUGCGCGCCCUUUACCGGAGCGCCAAUCUUUCAGAUUCGCUCGAGCGCGACGUCGUGUUAUACUUGGCGGACGCCGAAGUCCACGCGCACUCUUUCGUACUUCGAGCGCGAAGCCCGUUCUUUGCGACCAUGCUGGACGAUGAUGUAUGGACAAGAGAGAGGUGGGACAAGGACAAUCUCUUGCACAUCAACUUGCGGCAUAUCGAGAGCAAGUAUAUGGACUACGUCUUGCGGUUCAUGUGCUGUGGUGAGGAGGCGGAGAUGUUUGAGCGUCUUGACUUCAUCGAGACGACUGAUCAAUACAUCGACCUUCUAUUCGGUGUUAUGUACACAGCGAACGAAAUGCUCCUCGACAGAUUGCUGCUGGUCUGCGCAUCGCUCUUACUCAAAUACGUCACGCCGCACAACAUCUCUGCUGUCUACACAGACGCGUCCGGCCUGGACUGUACACCUCUCCAUGAUCGGCUUCAUGCGUACAUGGCCUACGGGUUGGAGACGCUACUGGACGGCAACCUGCUGGAUGAGCUCCACCCGCGUCUGGUCAAGUCACUGUCUACUGCGAUACGCUCUGCUCAAGCCGACCAUAUGCGCCGCGCCCGCGUCGGCACCGAGGUCGAGGUUGACAUGCUCAUGGACAAGUACAAGGACUGGAUAGACAACGAGGACUUCCCUGUCCCGAUUGUGCGCACAGCACUCACGCGCAACUCGCCAAAGCUUAGCCCGAAGGCGUCCCGCAAUAGGCGAACAUCGUUGCCGGGAUCACCAGCCGCUAGCCCCUCUAUUCGACCUGGCCUUCCAUCAAUGCCUGUGGGCGGUGAUGACGACCUCUUCGCAAUGGACGACGUGCCUGCUCUCAACCUUGACUCGUCGUCGGUACCACCAACCCCUGCUCCGGCAACCGCACCAGAGCCCAAGGGUGCAAGCCCGUGGAAGUCGCACGCGACGCCGCAACGCGUUGAUAUGAAGUCCAUACUAGCCGAGACCGAAGCGAAGACGCGGCCGACCGGCGUCUACCGCCCUCCUUCGAAGGACGUGUCGUCUGCGGCCUUCCCUCCCAUUGGCAGCGUCAGCGGCGCUCAGACAGGAGUGCCCGCUGCGCCUCGUCCAGCACCCACGACGCUUCAGACACCCCCACGCGUUCGGCCUUCCACGCAAACCGCUACACCCCCACAACGAUCCAUCCCGUUGCCCAAGUCAUCACCCGCUGCUUCUACUCCCGGGCUUGGUCCCACCAUCACUCCAACCAAGCAGACCCGUCCUCCGGGUCCGGUAGUUCGCAACGCCUCGAGCUCCGGAGGUCGCGCAUGGACAUUGGCGCCCGUGCGGCCCGUUGUACAACCGACACCAUCAGCCAGCCAAUCGCUCUCUUUUGCUGAAAUUCAACGUUUACAACGGGAGCAGGAUGUUGCACCAGCACGCGAUAAACGGAGCCUGAAGGAGAUCCAAGACGAAGAGCGUGAAAGGCAGCAGGAGGCCGACUUCAUGCAGUGGUGGGCGGCCGAAGAGGAGCGCGUGCGGCAGGAGCAGGAGGCGGAGGCCCGCGCGAUUCAGCGCGCUCUGGAUAAAGGGAAGAAGGCAGGUAAGCCGCGUGGGAAGAAGGAGGGCGGUGCGAGGGAGGAUGCGCCGCGGGGCACGAGGAAGGGUAGCGCUACGCAACAAGUGGCACAAGCACGAGAUACUGGGGCGCCCGGUGCUCCUGAACCAGCCAACACAGCAGCGAGCACGCCUCGUGCUCAACGGUCUCGCCAUCGUGGACCUCGUAAGGGGCCUGCUGAGGCCACGAACACAGGGCCCCAAGCUAAUUAA